AUUUGCGUCGAAUACCACAAAGGUGAAAACGCCGUGUCGUUUUUUUCUUCCAGCACUUACAUGCUUGUCGUAUUAACGCAUGUAACACGACACACGUUUCGUUAAUAAAAGAAGGAAACGGCGAGAAGAUUUCAGUUUAUGUCGUUACUCAUCUUUCCCCAACUGAUAUAGAAAUACCGUUGCCGUCUCGCUUCGCUGUAUAUGAUUCCCAUGGAGAAGAUGAUUCGCUCCUCUUGUGUUACUCUACUCGUUUGCCUCGUGUUUCUUCUGAUCUCGUACGGAUCUGUCGAAGCAGGGAAGCGACGGAUCGAGAUCACCGACGAUCUUGACGACGUGGAAGACAAUGAAGAAGACGAAUCAUGGAAACAGUGGGGGAGCAAAGCAGCGACGCCGGAGUUCGAUCCGCCUCCGGAUUUCUCCGACAUGGGAUUCGAUCAGAUCCAAGAGGAGAUGGCUAAACGGACUUUUGCACCGGUCGUCGGAUUCGUCAAGCUCCGGUUAGGAGUCCACCGAACUAAGGAUAUGGUGGUGGAGAUUGCUAUGAGAUGGACGAAAGUUCUGAGAACAGGUGGGUUAGGAGUGAGAUUCAUGGCCGUGGAUCGAAGCACGGUGAUGUUCAAUAUGCAGAACGGGAAGGAAGUGACUGAGCUAAGGGAGUUUGUGCUGAGCCAAGCAGAGGCUUAUGAGGUUAAGAUAGGGAAACAAGAGUUUCGAAGACCUGGGGAUCCUCCUCUUGAUAAUGUCUUUGAAAAACUUCAAGCGAAGCAAAGCAAGAAUGAUGUUACCAAGGAUGAACUAUAGGCCUAUACGGCCACUAAAUAUUUUUGGUUCAUUAACCAGAUAGGAUUUUGUCUCUGUAGC